AUGGCCAUAGCCCGGCUUCGGUUCUUCUGUACCAGCAACACCGCUAAGUAUGAAGCCUGCAUUAUAGGCAUGAAUAUGGGAGUGGACCUGGAUGUGGAGGAAUUGUUAAUCAUGGGAGAUUCUGACUUGAUUAUUCGGCAAGCCCAAGGUGAAUGGGAAACUCGAGAUAUCAAACUCAUCUCGUAUAGGCAAUAUGUGGAAGAUCUUAGCAAACGAUUCAAGUCCGUCAAGUUCAGGUAUAUUCCUCGAUUCCACAAUGAGUUAGCUGAUGCAUUAGCUACUUUGGCCUCAAUGCUACCAUAUCCGGGCAGUGUCCAUAUUGACCCGCUGGAAAUCCAAAUUCGCGAAAGGCAUAGUUAUUAUAAUGCAAUUAAAAUAGAUCCAGAUGUUCAGCCAUGGUAUCAUGAUAUCAAAAGGUUUUUGAAAACGAAGGAAUAUCCUAAGCAGGCCAGUGGUGAUCAAAAAAGAACUAUCAGAAGGCUUGCCAGCAGUUUCUUUUUUAGCGCAGAGGUCUUGUACAAAAGAACUCUAGAUUUGAAUCUUUUGAGGUGCGUAGAUGCCCGAGAAGCUGAAAAGAUCAUGAACGAAGUGCAUUCGGGAGUAUGUGGGCCUCACAUGAACGGAUAUGUCCUUGCAAAGAAAAUCCUUUAG